AUGCCCCUUGUCUCUCCCAACUCGUAUGCACAGCCACCCCUGACCCAGUCGAAGCGGAGAAGGCUGACCUGUGACAGCAAAUCACAGCCACAUUGGCUAUCCUCGUGGCUGAAGCAAGGUGUUUCCCCAAGGAAGGAGCUCAGCGUCACGGUAAGGGUGGAUGCAGCAGAAGUGCCUAUACUGGCUGAAGCGGACAAUGUCUACGAGCAGUGGAUGGCAGAGGAGGCCGAAGUGUGUGCAAGGGCUGAGCAGGACAUCCAGAUGGGGGAUGAGAACGCACAGGAGACUGGAGGGCCGGGUGCAAGCAUCACAGUGCCUGUGGCAACAGAGAAGAUGUUGCAUGUAGAGGUGGUGUCCCGUCUGGUGCAGAAGACUGUCACAGAGAGCAAAGACAAGGACGAGCCCAAGAUCGUUGUUCCUCCCAGCUUGAUCCUCCACAAGGUCCUGUGCGCACAGUGCAUGGUGAAGAAGACAGCCUGCAUUGGACCUGUUGGGCGGACAUGCAAUGGCUGUGCACAAAUGAAGCAGGGGUGCGAGAAGUCGAUGAAGGCCACGGGAAAGAAGGCACAGGCAGGCACAUCGGUCGUGCGGGCCUCAAAGACUGCGAAGACAAGCUUGUCCAAGAGAGUCAUAGAUGAUGACGACGAUGACGAUGAAGUCGAGGUGGUUGAAAGCCACAUGCAUGCGAAGGGGAAAGUGCCAGUGCAUAGCCAGCUCGAUGCCAAGGUCAUGGCCGACCUGUCGCAGUCACUGAGGCUGCUUUGUGUGGAGGCUGCGGAGUCGCAGGCUGCAUACCUUUGCCUGCAGGUGCAUGUCAAUCAACUUGCCAAAGCUCUGGAGAAGAUUGGGGUGGAAUAA